UUGUUGUGGACUCACAGUGCGCAAACUUUGAUCUAAAAAUACGUCUUAGCGCCUAUUACAGCGUGUAUUUCCGUACCCUUUACUGCUUCCGAUAGCAUGGUGACGUUACGUUAAACAGCUAGUGCGUGCGGUUACUACGGACAGAUACUUUAUAUGGUUCGGAUUUGAGUCGCCACCGAGGUCGCAGGUAUGCGUCGGCAGUCUGUGUGAAGAAGAACAUCGUUGGGAAAUGUCGGGGCAACAUCUCACCAUCUUUCUAUUGCUUCUACCAGUCGCGGCUUCCAUACGGCCAACGGUUCAUCAUGACCACUCACAUGAAUGCCCGGAUGUUGACCCGACCUUGACCCCCUGGAACCCCGGUCAUGACGUCACCGCGCAGGUGGUUGUGGGACGGGGACAGAGUUACCUGCUCCAGUCGUCCGCCACUUUUCUCUCUUUAGAAAUAAAAGAUGGCGGAAAGCUUGUGUUUGCUGACCUUGACCGUGAGAUAGUCCUGAGAUCUCGCGAGAUUACCGUGGGAAGUGACGGCGAGUUCCACAUCGGGAGCGAGGCAUGCCGGUACCAGGGCCAGGCCACGGUGUCCCUGUACGGGCGCUCGGACGAGCAGAGGAACGGCAAACAGUUCCUGGUCACGACGGGCGGCACGCUGGAGAUCCACGGGAAACAGAAGCUGUCCUGGACGCACCUCGCACAGACUGUGCCUGCUGGCGGGCUUCCAAGGGGAACGUACUACUACGACUCGUACAACAGAUGGACACGAGGCGUCAACGUUCGCGCCAUUGACGAAACAUCGGGUUCCGUGGUGGACCUCGCGGAUUUCGACACUUAUGAGAGCGAAGAGGAGAGCCGACGGUUGGCGGACUUUAUCGAGCGAAUCCCCUCGGGAAGAAUCGUGGCCCUGGCGGCAAACGACGAAGCGUCCCGAUGGCUAGAGGACUCCGCUAAGAGCAAGAUUAGGGAGUUAGGAAGUGUUGAAGUGGAUUCACUCGGAUAUAGGGACCCGUGGGCGUUUGUUGGAGUCAAGGGAGACCCAAGCGCCGCUGUUGAACAGAGGAUCGCAUAUGUUGACACAAACAUUACCGGCACGGCUGCAGUAUCAGCGAGGUUCCACAGCGUCUUCGGCGCCUUCGAAGUCGGCGUCACUAGCGAGUGGGUUGGAGGACAGGCUCGAUGCACAUUUUUGGUAAACGGAAAUGCGGGAGCCUACGUCAUCAACCUGAGAGACGACGUCACUUCCUGGCAGCCCGGGGACCACAUCGUGUUGGCCAGUACUGACUACGACAUGGAGCAGGCGGAGGAGUUUCAGCUGCUGCCGUGCCCGGAGUGCUCCGCCCACCAGGUCAAAAUCAACGGGAAAGCCAGGUACACGCACUUCGGGGAGGUUUCAGACGAGGUGGACAUGCGAGGGGAGGUGGGCCUGCUGACCAGGAACGUCAGGUUCCGGGGGGAGGUAGAGGACAGCUGUUAUGGAGACAACUUCUGUCAGUUCUUUGACUACGAUACUUACGGAGGACAUCUAAAGAUACUGAGAGGGUUCAAGAACGUGCACUUGUCCAGCGCGGAGUUUACCCGCAUGGGACAGCAGGUGGUGGGCAGCUACCCUGUCCACUUCCACAUGGCCGGAGACGUGGACGAACUGGGAGGCUACAGCCGCCCAACGUACGUCCGAGAGCUGUCCAUUCACCACUGCUUCUCCCGCUGUGUGACCAUACAUGGGACCAACGGGCUGCUGGUUCAGGACACGGUAGGGUACGACACCCUCGGUCACUGCUUCUUCCUGGAGGACGGCGUGGAGCAGCGGAACGUUCUGGACCGUAACCUGGGCCUGGUGACGCGGGCUGGCACGCUGCUUCCCACCGACAGGGACGACAGCAUGUGCCGGGGCAUGAGGGACGCGGUCUACGGGGAUUACGUGCCGCAGCCCUACAAGGACUGUCAGGCAGUUUCGACGUUCUGGAUCGCUCAUCCUAACAACGUGCUGACAAACAACGCCGCUGCAGGGUCACUGCACGGCGGAAUCUGGUACAUCUUCCACCGGAAGCCGACCGGCCUGUCAGACGGCUCCGCGCCGAUGUACGAGUCCGAGAGAACUCCGCUCGGGAGGUUCUUCAACAACAGGGUCCACUCUAACGGCAUGCACGGUCUAAUGAUAGAUGAUGGGGUUAAGUACAGUCUACCAACCGAGAGUAACCCGCAGGAAUACCUGGCAAGAUCAUAUGGACGGUACAAGCCUCACCAGAACGCCGACCUCCGGCAGCCGCGGGUCCCGGCCAUGAUAGAGGGGCUUAUCGCCUUCAAGAACUGGCUAGAGGGGGCCUGGGUCCGGGGAGGGGACAUCUGGUUCGACAGAUGCGCAGCCUUCCCUAUGCGGGGCCUUGACGUGUACGACGGCCCAAUCCUGGCCGAGAGCUGCACGUUUAAGAAGUACGCGCAGGCGCCGCAGUACGACAGAUGGAGCAGCGCCAUCGGCUUCCACCGUAACAACACCUGGCAGAACUCACCCAGGAACAACGUCACCAAGGCCAGGUUCGAAGACGUACAAAGCCGCGUGUUUGUCGGUGAGAGGGGACUGCCGGGGUUCGCGACGGAUGACAGGGACGGCGACAAGACCAACAUCGUGCAUGACUGGGACGGGAGCAUCACGGGAUACCCCGACACGUACGUGGUCGGGCGGGAGAACCACCUCACCAGGAACCCCGGAUGUGUGGAGAGGCCGGACUGGCGCGCUUACGUCUGCAGCGGGAAGUAUGCACAGUUGUUCAUCCUGGCCCAAUGGCCCAACACCUUAGUGAUGUCCAUGGUCCGAGACGAGUACCCUGACCGGCCCAUGACGUUUACGGGUCCUCUGAAGUACGGCGCCGCCUCGCACCAGCAGUACCAGCCCGUGGUGAUGCUAGAGAAGUCCUACACUGUCCACUGGGACGGCCGGGCCCCGGAGAGUCUCAGGAUUUACCCGAUCAACUUCGACAGUGGUGACUGGCUCCGGCUGGGAAUCUGCUACCCUCCCGGGACGUUGUUCCGUCUGAUGUACCAGUUGGAGCGCCGGUUUCCGUACGCCAUCACGCACGACGAGGAGAUCCACCCUGUGUCGUCCUUACACGCCGUGGAGCAUGGAGACGGACACGUCUUCUAUUUUGAAGAAAGCACAGGGUUGCUGUUCCUGAAGAUUCGGUCUCACUUCAACCGGGAUGGCCACAGCUACUGCUCACACAUGGGCUGUGAGAGGGUCGUCAUCUCGGCCACCAUGACAGGUGACGAGGUCAGCAACUGUACGGCGGCCACUUAUCCUAAGUACAGCCUGACGCCCACAGAGACUGUCCCCAUGCCGAGCUACCAGAGCAUCGCCAACAACUGUACAGGCUGUGGGGCACCUGGACCAAUCGUCAGCGACGACUCUUUGCGCUUCCUAGAAGUUACUAUCCUGUCCGCUGGUUGGUCAGAGAUGCAAUCAGGCCACAUACCAUUUAUAGAGAUAGAUGGCGGCCGGUAUGACCGCUAUUUUCGGGGUUUUAUGGUCAUCAGUGUGGACGCUCGGUCUGGUGACGUCAGCAGAAAAAUGACGUUCGACACUUACGGACAUGAAGAGGCUGAUCUGGACAUGGCAAACUUCAUACGGAACGACAUUCCCGUAAAUUCCAUCGUGUUGGUGGCGGUACGUGAUGAGUCAAGUUCAAAAGCUGAUGAGUGUCUAAAAGCGCUGAAGGAGAUCGGAGCACAGGAGCCAGUCAAAACCGACUACAGAGGUAACUUUGCUAUGAUUGGCUACAAGGGAAACGUCUGGCCAACCUGGAUCCAGCAAGUCAACCUACCGUCCAAUCAGGGGCCGGCUUACAUCUACGCCAAGAUUCCUCUAAUGGGUUAACGUAUGGAGAGCUACACAAAUGAUGACUAAAUGAUAGUUAGAUAGCUCUAUAUUAUCUAUUAUUGCCUGUGCACCAUCCUUGGAUGAAUCUAAAUUAUUGUUUUUAAUUUUCAUGUAUAGAUCGGCUAUUUUGUCAAAGAGGUGUCUCAAACAACCCCCAUGAUAUAGCUCUAUUUUAUCUAUUAUUUCCUGUGAUAGGAAAAAACGCCAUCCAUGGAUGAUGGAUGGUUCAAAACGGGUUGUGAUAAAUCUAAAUUAUUGUUUUUAAUUUCCAUGUAUAGAUUGGUUAUUUUAUCAAAGAUGUGGUUCAAGCAACCCCCUCUGACUUGAAACACUAGGAUGUUGCAAUGUGCUUCAUGCAAUGAUAUCAAUAUUAGAAUGGAAAGUUCGACAGUUGUAACUUUGAAAGAUUACAUUUUAUUAAGUAUAACAGUUACCUUAACAUUACGUAAAUAUAUAGCCAAUAUACCCCAAAUAUACCAAACUUUAUCAUUAGCCUUUACCAAAACUUCCAAUGACUGAAAAACAUAUAUGACCUACAUGAUUGAUUUACUUCAAAUUGGUGUACUUAAAUUGCAUUAAAUCAAAAUGGAAUACA